ACGUUUCUCAAGAGUCAAGAGUCUCAACUCUCAACCUCUUUUCACUCUCUUAACUCUUUCUCUCUCUUUCUCUCUAUGAAGAAGACACCAAUCUCUCCCACCAUUUUUGCUUCUUAGGAAAUCAUCAAAUUAAACGUUAUUCAGAGAGUGUGUGUUAUUCUUGUAGCUAAUGGAAAUGGACAUGUCUUCAAACACCAAUAAGGACUUGUUCUCCUCUCCAACUCUCUCCCUCACCCUUGCUGGGAUUUUUAAUAACCAAAUAGAGGAAAUAGGGGAUGAGGGAAGUAGAGAGUGUUCAAGGAAAGAGGACACCACCACCACUGUAAGCAGUGAGAAUUCUGGGCCGUUGAGAUCAAGAUCAGAUAAUGAUGAUGAUGGUGGUGGUGAUGACGAUGGGAGCAAGAAGAAGAAAAGAAAGAAGUAUCAUAGGCACACCGCUGGGCAGAUCAGAGAAAUGGAAGCGGUUUUCAAAGAAUCCCCCCAUCCAGAUGAAAGCCAAAGGAAACAACUCAGCAAGCAAUUAGGCCUUGCUCCAAGUCAAGUCAAGUUUUGGUUCCAAAAUCGUCGAACCCAAAUCAAGGCAAUACAAGAGCGUCAUGAAAGUUCGUUGUUGAAGAAAGAAAUAGAGAAAUUAAUGGAGGAAAAUAAGGCCAUGAGAGAGGCCAUAAGCAAAUCUUGCUGCCCUAACUGUGGCAUGGCCAUGGCCACCACUUCUACUAUCACUGAUGAUAGUUCCACCAUCUCCAUUGAAGAACAACAACUUCGUUUAGAAAAUGCCAAACUCAAAGCUGAGAUAGAGAAGCUACGAGAAGUUUCAGGGAAAUACCCAUCAGCUGGAACAAUAACGUACCCUUCAUGUUCAACUAGCCAUGAGCAAGUAGAUAAUAAUAGAAUAAGCUCAUCAAUGGAUUUUUACAAUGGAAUUUUUGGGGUUGAAAAAUCAAGGAUAAUGGAGAUAGUGAACCAAGCAAUAGAGGAACUCAUAAAGAUGGCUACUAUUGGAGAACCUUUAUGGGUUCGUAGUGUUGAAACUGGUAGAGAAAUACUCAACUAUGAUGAAUAUGAGAAGGUUUUUGAGGUUCACAAUAAUUCAAGAAUUAUUGGAAGAAGGUCAAACAUGUCCAUUGAAGCAUCAAGAGAAAAUGGAAUGGUUUUUAUGGACCUAUCAAGUCUUGUCCAAAGUUUUCUAGAUGUGAAUCAAUGGAAGGAGAUGUUUCCAUGCUUAAUAUCAAAGGCUGCAAAUGUUGAUGUUAUAUGCAAUGGAGAAGGAUCUAAUAGCAAUGGUGUUGUUCAACUGAUGUUUGCUGAGUUGCAAAUGCUGACACCAAUGGUGGCAACAAGAGAAGUGUAUUUCGUGAGAUGCUGCAGAAAGUUAAGUGAUGAAAAGUGGGGAAUUGUUGAUGUUUCCAUAGACAAAGUAGAAGACAACAUCGAUGCUUCCCUUCUUAAAUGCAGAAAACGCCCUUCUGGUUGCAUUAUUGAAGAUAAGUCCCAUGGUCAUUGCAAGGUAAGUUGGGUGGAACACUGGGAAUGCGAGAAAAGCAGUGUGCACAGAAUGUAUAGAAGCAUUGUGAAUAACGGUACAGCGUUUGGGGCAAGGCACUGGAUAUCAACACUGCAGCUUCAAUGUCAACGCCUUGUUUUCUUCAUGGCAACUAAUGUUCCCAUCAAGGAUUCAACUGGUGUUGCCACAUCAGCUGGAAGAAAGAGCAUAUUGAAGUUAGGAGAAAGAAUGAGAUGGAGUUUUUGCCAUGCAAUUGGAGCCUCAAGCUUCCAUACAUGGACAAAGGUGACAAGUAAAAAUGGAGAAGACAUUAGGAUCAGUUCUAGGAAGAACUUGAAUGAUCCUGGUCAACCUCUUGGUGUCAUCCUAUCAGCUGUUUCUUCUGUGUGGCUUCCUCUCCCUCCAAAUGUUCUUUUUCAUUUCUUGAGGGAUGAAAAUCAUAGGUCUCAGUGGGAUAUCAUGGUCACUGGUGGGUCAUCGGUGCAGUCCAUAGCAACAUUAGCCAAAGGCCAAGAUCGGGGCAAUGCUGUAAAUAUCCAUGAGAUUACAUCAAAAGAAAACAUCAAGUGGUGGAUAUUACAAGAUAGCUCCACAAAUGCUUAUGAAUCAAUGGUAGUGUAUGCUCCUGUGGACAUUCCUAGCAUGAAGAAUGUGAUGAAUGGAUGUGAUUCAACCAACAUUCCAAUAUUACCCUCAGGGUUCUCAAUUCUCCCUGAUGGGGUUGAUUCAAGGCCAUUGAUUACUACUUCUACUACUAUGAUGCAGCAACAACAACAAGAAAAUAUGAAUACUGUAGAAGGAGGGUCUUUGUUAACAAUGGCAUUCCAAGUAAUUACUAAUAAUAAUAGUAAUGGUUCUCCAUCAUCAGCAAAAUUGACUUUGGAGUCUGUGGAAUCAGUCAAGAGUUUAGUUUCUUGUACAUUAAGGAAUAUCAAAUCAUGUUUACAAUGUGAAGAAGAUUGAUAGUGAACAUGUAAGAUUAUUAAUUAGAUAAAUGGUCUUUUUCAUUAGCUGCUA